GAUCAGCAACAUCAAAGUUCACACCAAGGACAAACUGUUUAAUAAUUAUCAAGUUAUCAUCCUCAACCGCAGCAUUCCUCUCAACACCAAGACAAGCAACAAAUCGAAGAAUGUCCCGUGGCGUCGUUUUGGAUCACCAUGCAUAUGAUCAUGGGAAUCCGCGUAACCAAAGUCCCUUCAGGGGAGAAGAUCAGCCGCAUCAAGGCUCGGGACCUGCCUAUACCGAUCCAUAUGACCCUAUUCCUGAUAUUCGAUCUCAAACUCCGUAUGCGAGCUCCUCAACCUCUUCAUCCCAACUUACAACGCCAGCUCACCAACCUCAACCUGAAUACACUGGAAAGCAUGUGGGAACCACUCAAUACACAAAUUUUGGUGCGACGCAUUCCCUUUCAAUCUCUCCUCACACUUUCGAUGCAACACGUAUUCCACCUCCGUCCGCUAAAAUGAUAUCACAUUACCACUUCCUCUUUCAUCAUAAUAAUGAAAGAGACACAGUUUACAGUCUUAAUUCCAAUUUAAAGCCAGAUUAUCAUUAUCCAAAAACCAUCACUUUCACCAGAAUAGACGAGCCCAGUGCACGUACAAGCGCGAGGUACAAUCAAGCGAGUGAUGGGCGUACAAAAGAUGAUGAGAGAAGAAAAAUAGAAACUAGAAAGGCAGCCAUCAAUGGGGGAAGUCGAUUAGUUGGAAACAUAUAUGGAAUAGAAGAAAGAGAAAGACGCUAUCAGAAGAGCAAAUCAAGAAGCGAGUGACAGACAAGGUGAACGGAUGUCAGGUUAUGAAUAUUGAUUAGAACGGUUAGGAAUUAUGGUAAAGCAGUUUGCUUAUAAUGGGAUCAUAGAUAUUACUUGGAUUUAGAAGUCAAAAAUCGAUGGUAUGACA